AUGGAUCCGCAAGAUCCGUCAACACCUGCUGGGGCACCGAGUGUAGCUCAGUUUUUGCAGCAAGCGGGCAUUACAUCGCAAGAGGAAGUGGCCAAUCGAUUGUUGGCCAUGCAGCAGCAGAUAGACAAUCAGGCUCAACAGCAGCAGUCGCAAGUGCAGUUUCAAGAAGCUGUUGCGACGAUGCGAGCUUUGCAAGCUCAGCUCAGUGAUGCUAUGUCUAGAGUGCAGGCGGCAGAGCAAGAGAGGAGAGAUGCAUUGAGGGUUGCAGCAGCGGCAGUAGGCAGUGAUGCAGGCAACUUUCAAGGAGGCAUCGUAGAUAGCAGGGGCGUUGGUCAGCCAUUCAAGUACAACGGUGGGGCUGAUCAAGAUUUCAGCGAAUGGAGUCACAAAGUCACCACGUACCUGAAGGCCAAGUUCGGCUUUGAAGUAGAAAAGGCUUUGAAGUGGGCAGUACAGCAGCGAAAGACCGUUGUGGAACGUCUCCCAGGGGGGGCGCUUGCCAGCACAGACGGCCGCCAGAUUGCGUUUGAUCCUGUCUACGGAGAGCAAGCAGAUGAAAUGGACCGCAUUCCCAAUCUAUCAAAGACCGUCGUUGGCAUUUACACUUACCUGAUCGCCUUUACAACAGGAGAUUCCAACAAGAUUGUGCGCAAUGCCGGGUCCGAUGCUGGAUUGGAGGCCUGGCGACGGCUCCACAAUGAGUAUGACCCAACCUCGGCGAUGCGACGCGUCACCAUUCUGGGUCUGGUUCAGAAUCCUCCCAAAUGCGAAAAGAUCGAGAACUUAGGCUCCGCACUUGAGGACUGGUUGGCCAAGAAGCGCCAGUACGAGGAGUUCACAGACCAGCGAGGAAGGCCAUGUCGCAUUUCAGAUGACUCCCUCAUGGCAGCCAUGUACAAACUCAUGCCUACAUCCUUGGAGCAGCAGGUCAUGUUCCAUUCAGAUGAGCACGACAGCUUUGAGGAUCUCUAUGAUCGUUUGGUGGCCUACGCGUCAACGAAGCAUUCGUUGAAGAUGACGGACAAGCCUGUGGGAUCUCGAAAGGCUGAGACCGCAACACCGAUGGACGUUGAUGCUCUUGUCCCGAAGGGCAAGGGGUCGUUCAAAGGCAAGUGCAACAGCUGUGGUCGACCAGGCCACAGAGCGGCUGACUGCCGCGCUCAGGGGGGAGCUGGUGCAGGCAAGAGCAAGUCUUCAACGACCCAGGAGCAUGAAGGAUGGGGCCAAGAUGAAUGGGACGGCUGGUGGUCCUCAUCGUGGAGUGAGCAGCCGGCGUCCGAACCUCCAGCCAAGGCCGACCAGCAAGCAGGCGGCAUUGGAAGCCUGGACUUGAACCACCUCGAGUCCCUUGCAGAGAGCGUGACGAAGAUGAGCUGCAGCAGCGUGGAGUCUUACAAGGUCCAGUGGAGAGGCGCAGAGUGGUUGAAGCUCAACUACGAUUCAGGCGCUGCUACAACUGCAAUCCCGGAUGAGCUCAUCGAAGGGCCUUUGGAGGCUCGUGGAGAGUUCAUCGUUGCAUCCGGCGAGGAGAUCCCCAACUUUGGCCGCUUCAGAGUCCCGGCAGUGGAUGCCAACGGCAAGAGGAGGAGUUUUGCAGCUUACGCUACGAAGGUUCACAAGCCACUCGGCUCAGCUGCUGAGUUCAGCAGCACCCAUGACUGUGUGUUGUGGGCUGAAGGCGGCGCGUUGAUUCCGAAGAACAGCGCGGUUGCACUUGGACUUCGCAAAGAAUACUAUCGCCUCAAACAUAUGUAUGGAGAUUGCGAUGAGAUCCCCUUGUACCGCGAGGGCAACCUCUACAACUUGUACCUGAAGCAGGAUGGUGUGCCUCAGCAGCUCAGUCCUUUGCAGGAAGCGUCUUCUUCGUCCGGGGCCUCGGCCGCGGACGGUCGUCAGUCGGGAAACGGCCGGCAGGUAGAAGGAGACAACAAGCUAGUCAGAUACCAUGUUUCACUGCGGCGUUCCCUUUUCUCGCCACACCAAGCAAGCAGCAUCCCGGUGAACGGAGAUCUCAUUUUGGGAUCCCGAACGACGGAGGCGAUCUUUGAGGACGGCUCUGUUGAGACUGUGGAGGACGAUUGGACAACACGAAGAUCAGCCAACAGACGUCUCAAAGCACGAUGGUUCGGACGCACGAUUUUCACAUUCAGAAGAGAACAAGCCGAAGCAGCAGCAGCUGAGAGGAAGCAAGGCCUUGGGUGGCCGACCGAAGAAGAGGAGCGUGCUGCAGGAGGAGAAGCCGCGGACAGUGAUCCGCCUCAUGAGGAGUCUGAGGAGUUUCGCAAAAGCAGAGCUGCAGCAGAGCCAACGCCGGAACAGAGAGAGAACCAUUUCUUGGAGAAUCAUGCCGUGUAUCGCCCGUGGUGCGAAGUGUGUGUGAAGAGCCGCGGCCUUGGAACCCAACAUAGGAGGGCCUUGAAGAAGGAGGCCACUGAAAGUUCAGAAGGCCCGCGCAUCUUCUCUGACUACUUCUUCAUGUCUACAGAUGAGGACAGCGUUCCCAUGCUGGCCUUGAAGUUCAGUCGUUCGAAGAGGAUUGCCGCCACAGCAUUGCCUCGCAAGGGCAUCUCAGAGCUGGGCUGCAAGUUCAUGUCCAAUUUCAUCAAGAUGACAGGUGUGAAGCGUUUUGUCAAUUUUUCUGACGGGGAGCCGGCCAUGAAGGCUCUGAAAGAGGAGUCUGCGAGGAAGGUGGCUGAAGUCGAGGCCAUUCCUCGCGAGUGUCCUGUCGGCGACCAUCAGAAGAACGGAGAGAUCGAGUCUGCCGUUCGAGAGCUCAAGCGUCAAAUGCGAGCAGUGAGGAUGAGCUUGGAAGGCCGCCUCGGGCGAGCCUUAGCAGAUGACGAUCCGCUUUUGAUGUGGAUCCCCACGUUCGCAGGCGAUUGCAUUGCAUUCCACCGCAGGGGUGCAGAUGGCAAGACACCGUGGGAGAGAGAGACUGGCCGAAAGUGGCGUCGCCCUUGUUUGGAGUUUGGUGAGAAGGUGAUGAUCAAGGAAGCUUACGACAGUAUGUUGGGCAUCAUGCACGGGACUGGUGCGGUCAUGGGCCUCACCUCGGAAGGCGUGAAGUUUGGCACAGGUGUGAGCAGACUGGCAGCUUCAGAACGUUGGAGCGUUGAGGGCCUUGAGGAGCUUCGUGGCCUGCCUUGGGACCUACAGCCGCGUCUGCGAGAGGCACGGGCAGUCGUUGGUGCAGAAGGUGUUUCAGUUCCUCGCUUUCCGUACCUUCCGUCGGGGAGCCCAGCACCGCGAUCGUUUUAUGUGACGCGCGAAGAUGUGAAGCCAGAGAAGUACGGCUACACUGGUGGAUGCAGGUCCUGUGACAAUAUCAUGAGGCUUAUGGAGCGUGACGAGAACAUUCGUGUCAAAGAAUACCACAACAGGGUCCCUGAAUCUCCCAGUAAGCGUCCUGUGCCUGCUUCGCAGUGGGAACAGGAGGGGCACGGCCGGUAUCGCAAGCGUCAGGCAGAGAUGCCUGCAGAGGUGCUGCAAGUUAGAGUUUCGGAAUCGGUGCCUUCGGAGGUCACAGCAGAGCCUCCGGCAGCUCAGAUUGCAGUUGAGGCUUCGGCACCUGCUUCGGCGGAGUCGGGGCCAGCUUCAGUGGAGGAUUUUUUGAAAGAAGAGGCUGCAGACAUUGAUUCGCUGGUUGCUUACGAGGUCCUGGGUUCCACGGUUGAGUUGGGCGAGCAGAAGAACGAACUCAUCGCUGCAGCUUCGGAGCAAGUGCGCAAAGUGUAUCAGCAUGAGGGCAUUUCUUUGAGUUCACUAGAAGUGAGGCAGAUCGCAGCUCUACAAGUUGGGAUUGCUGGUUGUCGCGUCCGAGAGAUUUUUUCUCGUGACGGCCUGUCUCGAGCAGCUCCGCAUUUUGGGCUGAGGCCAGGCUUUGUGCUAGACCUCACUGGGCCUCGUCCCUCAGGACCCAGUGCGGGCAAGCAGUGGUGUUUGGACAAGGAGGAGGACACAGCAGAGCUACAGCAGUUGAUUUCGGAUGAGCGUCCGUUGUUGGUCACAGGCAGUUCCAGGCAUGAUUUGUCUCAGCUGCUUGGCACGAGGCCGCGCGGAGGACCAGAGCAGACAGCAUUGAGGACAGAGAAGGCUCAGAAGCAGUUCAGGGCUUGUGUCCGGUUUUACCGGAAGCAACAUGAGGAGCAGAGGUCUUUCUUACACGAGCAUCCGGCUGGCGCGGCAAGCUGGCAGGAUCGGGACAUGCUGGCGCUACAGAGCUUGCCUGGCGUGUAUACUGUGGAAG